AUGAAGAACUUUGCCACUCUCGCGGCUCUCGCUGUCGGAGCUAAUGCUCUCGUCACCAGAGACAACACCUGCUGCUUCCAUCUGACCGCUUCGGGCGGUGCUUCUGGCCCCAUUGGCCAGCUUGAUGAUGGACAGAACCGUGUCUUCGGCAACCUCCCUGAGGGCGAGUUCUGUAUCAACUCCGAUGGCGGUAUUAUUGAUGGCCACGGACGUGGAUGCAUCUUGACCCCUCCGACCACCCAGUUCCAGUGUGAUGCUGGAGCCCAGCCCACCACUGGCUUCUCCGUCAACUCCCAGGGCCUGCUCACCUACAACGGAAAGACAGACUUUGUUGCCUGUGAGACUGGUCAGAAUGGAGGGCUGAACGUCUACACCUCUCCCAAUAGCAAUGAUGUGACUGGCUGCAAGAACAUUCGGCUGCAUGCCGACAACUGUGCCAACACUGGUGCCGGUGCCGGUGCCAGUUCUUCCGCAGUCUACAGUUCGGUCAUUUCUGUCACUCCAACAAGCUCCGCAGUACAGACGAGCACCCCUGCUGCCUCUCCUACUCCCGAGUCGAGCGCUCCCGGAUCUACCACCACUGUCAAGACAACCAGGACCACGACCACUUGCCCCGAGACAACCACCCCAGCUGGUUCCGGUUCUCAACCCUCUACUCCCGCUGGCUCUGGAUCUCAGCCUUCUCAUUCUGCCUCUGCCACCCAGUCUUCCACCCGCAGCUGCCCGACCAAUCUUUCCGGACAGUACGAAUUCCCCCACCUGAUCAUCCCCGUCGAUUCCUCGUCUCCCAGCAAGGCUUCUGGCACCUCGUUCAACGGCACAGUCUCUUCCACCGUCUCGAGCAUCUUCAACUUUGACAUUCCUUCCUCGGACGCCGGCAAGACCUGCAGUCUCGUCUUCUUGUUCCCCAAGAAGGAGGACCUCCAGACCUCUUCUUACUCCUUCAGCGGCGACGGCAAGAUCGAUUUCGCCAUGCUGGAGUCUGCCGCUACUUCCCAGACCUCCUUCAGCAAUGCUCCCAAGGUCAAACAAGACUACGGCCUUACCACCGUCUCCCCUGGCAACUCCUACCUGAUUUCUACCUUCCAGUGCCCGGCUGGACAGGCAGUCGGCUUCGAGAUGAAGAACGCUGGUAGCACCAACCUCAACUUCUUCGAGGACUACAACCCCUCUCCAACCUUCGUUUUACCAGAGGCCGUUUAUGCUAGCGUCAAGAAAAUGGACCAUCUUCCCUCUAAACUACCGUUCUCGAAACGGCGGUUACGGCCUCGUGUUGUAAUUUCAUACAUUGUCGACUAUGUCAUCCUCAUCGGUUGCAUUGCUGGUUUCUACAUUUUCGAUUCCAUCGAACCCUAUCACCAGCAUUUCUCUCUGCGAAACAUAUCCAUCCAGUAUCCCUAUGCCGUCCACGAGCGCAUUUCGAUCCAAGAAGCCCUGCUCAUCUCUGGCGUUAUCCCCCUCGUCAUGAUUGCAGUGUAUACGCUGUUCAUUGACGGUCUGUUCUCGCAUCACAAGACGCACAAUCCGGCAUCCGGGAAGAGAAAACUUACCGGGCCAUACCGGUGGAAGGAUCGCCUGUGGGAGUUCAACUGUGGCUUUUUGGGUCUUUUGCUGUCGCAAGGCCUCGCAUUUCUCAUCACCCAGGUGCUGAAGACCGCAUGUGGGAAGCCCAGGCCUGACUUGAUCGAUCGGUGCAAGCCGAGGCUAGGAAGCGAAGAUCUGAUCCCUGGGUUGUCCAAUUCGACUAUCUGUACGGGAGACCCUGCAAUAAUCAAGGAUGGAUUCCGUUCUUGGCCUUCAGCGUCUUUUGCCGGUUUAUUCUACCUGACUCUUUGGCUGUGCGGAAAACUGCACUUUAUGGACAACAAAGGCGAAGUUUGGAAGGCCAUCAUCAUCAUAAUUCCUUGUCUUGCGGCGACACUUGUUGCCGUUUCACGAAUCAUGGAUGCGAGGCAUCAUCCUUUUGACGUGAUCAGCGGAUCCUUGCUGGGCAUUGUCUGCGCCUACAUCUCCUACCGCCAGUAUUUCCCACCCAUUUCCGAGCCGUGGAAGAAAGGCCGCGCGUAUCCGAUUCGAAGCUGGGGUACAGACCCUGUGGCACCCAGCGAGGCCUCGCCUCUGUCUGACCACUAUGGGAGCACAUCUGCUCUUCGGAACCCAGAGGACAACAGGAUAGACGCAUCUGGUUCUCCUGGGAUGGACGGUCCGCCGCGAGUUUCCCCGACUUACAUGGGUUCAGCUAACCCGUACACCUCGGACUUGCGCAACCGCCGAGCCCACGAUAAUGAUGGGGAAUGGUCAUCUUCGAGCGAAGAUGUUGCAGAUGGAUACGAGAUGCAGCAUGGCUAUGCUCGUGCACAGAAUCCAGGAAUAGGCGGGCUUCCAAGAUACGAAGCCGACACUUCGUACCAUUCUCAGACACAACCUGUGCUACCGGGCGUCAGUGCUCCUCACGUACUGCCGGAUCCAGUAGCAACUCGUCCAGGCAGAGACGCGCAGUAA